AUGAAGAGAGAGGGCUCGCUGCCCUCACAGGUCCUUCCCAAGGAGAGGGGCGCCUGGAGGGACAUCCAGGAGCCACGGGGGGCAGUGGGGGUGGUCACAGAGCCAGACAGCCUGUUCUUGACUUCAACAGCAGGGGGUUGGAAGGAUUUCUCUAGAACAUUAGUGCCCCAGAAGGCGGCUUUUACUGAAACUCCCCGUUUCUUAAACGGUCUGUUUAAACCACGAGGACUCGACGCCACUAAAAACAAAGCAGAACCCGGCUCUCAGCCUGCCCGGCGGCUGCCUGGGGGCGGGGAGGACCGUGGUCAGAGCCAGCCAUCCUUGGCCAGCGCCCCAGGGCGCUCAGCACUCCCUUAG